AGGCACUCAUCACUGUGCCUCCAUCACCGCCUGCUCCUCAUGCGACACUCAUGGUUGCGCUGCCCGUACUGCUUCUGAAUGGGCUGCUUGCGUGUGCUAGCAGGGAUGCUAAGCUGAUUCCCGAAUCGGAUCCUCCCCCGAGUGGCGCCUUACCCGCCGCCAUCACCACCCUCGCCAAUCUGCAAUACCUGUCCGUCCCCACCCACGCUCUCCCUUCACCACCCACCUCUCCCUUCACCACCCACCUCUCCCUUCACCACCCGCCUCUCCCUUCACCACCCACCUCUCCCUUCAUCACCCACCUCUCCCUUCACCACCCACCUCUCCCUUCACCACCCACCUCUCCCUUCACCACCCGCCUCUCCCUUCACCACCCGCCUCUCCCUUCACCACCCGCCUCUCCCUUCACCACCCGCCUCUCCCUUCACCACCCACCUCUCCCUUCACCACCCGCCUCUCCCUUCACCACCCGCCUCUCCCUUCACCACCCGCCUCUCCCUUCACCACCCGCCUCUCCCUUCACCACCCGCCUCUCCCUUCACCACCCACCUCUCCCUUCACCACCCACCUCUCCCUUCACCACCAACCUCUCCCUUCACCACCCACCUCUCCCUUCACCACCCACCUCUCCCUUCACCACCCACCUCUCCCUUCACCACCCACCUCUCCCUUCACCACCCACCUCUCCCUUCACCACCCACCUCUCCCUUCACCACCCACCUCUCCCUUCACCACCCACCUCUCCCUUCAUCACCCACCUCUCCCUUCAUCACAUCCACCAAGCGCUUUCUUCUCAUCUCAUGCUUCAGACCCUUCCCACCGGCACCAUGCUGCGUCCUUCCAUCUCAUUCCUCUCCUUCCACACGUCAGAACCCAUCCCACCCCACUGCCCUUCCAUGCCUCGCUUCUCGAAUGGUGUCAUUUCACCAGAAACUCGAUCUGUCUUACCUUGA